AUGGUAAAAGAAUAAAAACCAAAAAUAUACAGGACUGAAAAUAAAUUUGAUACUUAUAUGACAAAGGAUGCCUUUUGUAAAUUUAUCUCAGAUGAAUUGAUUGUCAAAGAUGGAUUGAAAGAAAACUUUUAAUUUCAGAAUUACAAAGUAAUUUUUGGUUUGUUUAUGAUUGCUAAUGUAAUCUAUUCACAUUAUCACAUCAUUCCUUAUCCUCAAGACUACUAUAUAUUGAUAGCAUGCAUCAUAUUUUAUUAUGUAUCUACAUACAUUUAUUAAUGGUUUGAGAAAGUCAAAGAAGGAGAUAUUUUUAUAAUCUAUGAUGACAAGAAAACUAAAAAGACUUUUGGAUUUGGAGCAUCUUAAGAAUUAUAUUAACGAUUUAUUGUCUUAAGAAUUUAUAGUAUGCCAAACAAAGCCUUAUUAGUUGAGCGUAAAAUCGACAGUGCCGAAUAUCUUGAUGUGAAAGGCUACAUUGUCCAACCAAAGAUGAGAAAUCUUAUAAAUGAGUUGUUACAAGAGGCCAAUAAGAAAUGAUUCAUUUGUUUUUGUUAUAAGGAUAUGUGUAUAAAUAGGAAAGGGAAA